AUGCCAUCGCCCUCUGCCACGAGGUCCACGGUGUCGGUGGAGCUGAUGGACACCGUCUGCACAUCGUUCUUGUCAUUGGCAUUCUGGGUGUACCUGUUCGCUGAUGAGGACCAUGUGGCAGGGCUCAUCAGCACCUCCAUCCGCAGAGCGCUCGACUGGCCGCUCAACUACGUGCGGUCCUACCUUGCCUCCAUGCUGUCGUCGUGCGUGCGCAACACCGUGUACCUCGACUCCUACGUCAUCCUCACCGACAGCAUCGCGGCCAUGGCAGCACCCGAGUACUGUGGCGCCAGCUUCACUGCCUACUUCACGCUGGGGUUUUAG